UGCAGAUCCCUGGAACACAGUCACAGACAUGAUGCUGUCAUCCAUGGCCCUCCCCAGCAUGUCCUGGAUGCUGGUCUCCUGCCUGAUGCUUCUAUCUCAGGUGCAAGGUGAAGACUUUGAGAAGGAACAUACCUCUCCACGGAUGAAGUGUCCCUCAGGCUCCUAUGCCUUUCUUUCCCACUGCUAUGCAGUGUUUACGACACCAAAAUCCUGGGCAGAAGCAAAUAUUGCCUGCCAGAAGCGACCCUCAGGAAACCUUUUGUCUGUACUCAGUGGGGCUGAGGCAUACUUCGUGGCCUCUCUUGUCAAGAACAAUUUGAAUAUCCAAUCAAACGUCUGGAUUGGGCUCCAUGACCCCACACAGGGCACUGAGUCCAGUGCAGAUAGUUGGAUAUGGAGUAGCAAUGAUAUUAUGAAUUACCAUGCCUGGGAGACCGAUCCUUCCACCAUCUCAAACCAUGGCUACUGUGGGAGCCUGUCACGAAGCUCAGGAUAUCUGUCAUGGAAAGACUAUCACUGUUAUAAGAAUUUGCCCUAUAUCUGCAAGUUCAAGAACUAAGCCACGUAGCUGCCUGAGUUUCGUGUACAGUUCAUUACAGACAUGGGACCAAGUGAGAAACCCCACCCAGGAAGAGAAUAUUUUCCCUGCAUACCAAACCUGACCACAUCAUUCUGACCUUCCCGCCCCCACACCCUCAUUUCAGGCUCCUUUCUGCAUUACAUAACCUGAGCUUUC